AUGGGAUGUCUAGAAGCUCAGAAAAUGGAUUAUGCCUCCUACCAGCUAACGGGAGAAGCAUUAACAUGGUGGACUGGCGCUAGAGCUCUGCUGCGAGCUCAGAACACUGACUUGACUUGGGCUGUAUUCAGGCGGGUAUUUCUGGACAAGUACUUUCCAAAAGCAAUGAGAAGAAUGAAGCACACCGAGUUGCUGUCUUUGAGGCAAGGGAACAUGUCUAUCAAUGAAUACAUUGCAAAGUUUGCUCAGCUGAUGGAAUAUGCCAACUUCGACCGAAACAUCUACAAUGAGGAAUGGCAGGUGGAAAAAUUUGAAAGCGGAUUGCACCCGGAGAUCAGAAAGCUAAUGUUGACCACAACUGUUCGUACUCUGCCAGAAAUCAUUAAUCAGAGUCGGCAAGCGGAGGACAUUAUCACUGAAGCAAGGAAUUUGAACCGACAACCUGUGCAACAGCAGGGAGGAAGCAGAGUGGGCAAAUUCUUCAGAAAGAUUACUGGAAUGAAUAAAGGAAAGGCUCCACAGAUGCAAGCUCAGGCUGGUAAUUUCAAGAGGAAUAAUGCCCCGGGUCAGUCUUCAACAGGACGUCAGGGUCUCAGUGCGUGUACUAAUUGUGGAAAGAGCCAUGCAGGAGUCUGUCUACGGCGAAGCAAUACAUGCUACAGAUGUGGUCAGUCACGACAUUUCUCUUAUAAUUGUCAAAAUAAUGCUAAUCAGCAACCUGCUCAGGCUCGGGUGUUCACCCUUGAUGCUAAUGAAGCCCAGAAGUAUCCAAAUUUAAUUCGAGGUAACAUAAUUCUUAAUGGUUGUCCUAUUUCUGCUAUUUUUGAUUCUGGAGCAUCUUGUUCGUUUAUGGCAAAACAUAUAGCUAUGAGAAUAGGCAUCACCCCAGUCCCGUUACCCUAUGAGUUACACAUCAGUACCCCCACUGGAUGA